CACAUGAGCGGGGACGUUAACUCUGACGCCAAAUGUUGAUUGGCCGCCGGGGCGCGACGGCUGCUACGUAUCUCUUCAACUGCGGGGAAGGGAUCCAGCGCCUCUUGCAGGAGCACAAAUUAAAAGUGUCUCGUUUAGACAACAUCUUUCUCACCAGAAUGAACUGGGCGAAUGUUGGUGGCUUAUCUGGAAUGAUUCUCACCUUAAAAGACACAGGACUCCCAAAGUGUGUUCUUUCAGGUCCACCGCAACUGCAAAAUUACUUGGAAGCUAUCAAAGUGUUUUCUGGGCCACUGAAAGGAAUAGACUUGGUUGUGCGGCCCCAUACAGAGCCCGAGUACAAGGAUGAGACCAUGACCGUCUACCAAGUACCUCUUGUGGGAAGGCGCUUGGCCAAUGAGCACAGGCUGCAUCAGAGUCCUGAACGUGGAGUCAGCCCCGAAUGUGCCCCAGAGCCUGGCUUUCCCACUGCUGAGCACCAGUGUCCAGAGGGCAACAAGAAGAGAGAAGCCUCGAAGAAAACAGAUGGCAACAGGAGAGUUGUCAGCAGAGACCCAACGCUGGUGGUUGCUUUCAUCUGUAAACUUCACCCAAAGAAGGGGAACUUCUUGGUGGCUAAAGCAAAGGAGCUGGGCCUGCCAGUUGGAACUGCAGCCAUUGGGCCCAUCAUUGCGGCUGUCAAAGACGGGCAGAGCGUGACGUUCGAGGGCAGAGAGAUCCUGCCCGAAGAGGUGUGUACCCCGCCUGACCCAGGCCCCGUGUUCAUUGUCGUAGAGUGUCCUCAUGCAGGCUUUGUGGAUGCCGUCUGUGAAAACGACACAUUCCGCAGAUACCAAGAAGGGAAGGCUGAGGGCCCCGUGGCCUUGGUGGUUCACAUCACCCCAGAGUCGGUGCUUCAGGACAGCCGGUACAGAGAGUGGCUGGAAAGGUUUGCACCCUCGACUCAGCACUUGAUACUUAAUGAGAAUGUGAGCACCGUGCACUGCCUCCGCAGCCACAAAAUCCAGACCCAGCUGAAUCUCAUUCACUCCGAAAUCUUCCCGCUGCUCAACAGCUCCUGGAGUCAGGAAGAAGAGGCCACUUUCAGCGUGCCUGUCGUGCGGGGAGAGUGCCUCCUGAGAUACCAGCUGAGGCCCCAGCCGCAGUGGCAGAGAGACAUGGUUACUGUCUGCAGUCCCACCGAAUUUGUGGCUGAAGCCCUCGAGCUUCCUGGCUUCCAGGACUGUGUGAAGGAGUGCCGAGAGCGCCUGCAGGCUGGGCCGGACCGGGCGGGCAAAACUGAGCCUUACCCAGAAAUAGUCUUCCUCGGAACGGGCUCUGCGAUUCCAAUGAAAAUCCGGAACGUCAGCUCCACGCUGAUAAAUAUCAGCCCCACCCAGUCGCUGCUUCUGGACUGCGGGGAGGGCACGUUUGGCCAGCUCUGCCGCCACUACGGGGACCAGGUGGACACAAUUCUGCGCAACACGGCAGCCGUGUUUGUGUCCCACAUUCAUGCUGAUCAUCACACGGGCCUGCUGAACAUUCUGCUGGAGAGACAGCGAGCAUUCGUGUCCCUUGGCCAGCCCCCCAGCCCGCUGCUGCUGAUAGCGCCCACGCCGCUCAUGACAUGGCUGCAGCUGUACCACAACCACUGCCAAGAGAUUCUUGGCCACACCGAUAUGAUUCCUAUCAAGCUUCUGGUGGAAGGGGCGAAAGCCAUGGGGCCGAAAGCCGAGGCGCUCGUCAGCUCGCUGCUGGCGAAGUACGACUUGGUGCAAUUCCAGACGUGCGAGGUCCGACACUGUAGAAAUGCCUUUGCCUGUUUGCUGGAACACACAUCUGGCUGGAGAAUCGUCUAUUCUGGUGACACGAUGCCCUGCGAGGCCUUGGUCCGAAUGGGGAAAGGGGCUACGCUGCUGAUCCAUGAAGCAACGUUAGAGGAUGGCUUGGAGGACGAGGCGGCAGAGAAGACGCACAGUGCCGAGUUCAUCAUGCUCAAUCACUUCAGCCAGCGGUACGCCAAGAUCCCGCUCUUCAGCGCCGACUUCUCCGACAGGGUUGGCAUCGCGUUCGACCACAUGAGGGUGCGUUUUGAGGACUUUGCCACGAUCCCGAAGCUCAUCCAGCCCCUCAAGGCUCUGUUUGCCGAGGAGAUCGUGGAAAUGGAGGAGCGGAAGGAGAGGCGGGAGCUACGCUUGUUGAACGAGGCCUUUGUGGCUUCACAGAAGCUGGCUGGCAGCGAAAACAAGGCCUGCGACUCGGCCCCAGCCUCCAAGAAACGGGAACAGGACGGGAACCAGCCGGGAGGGCUGAGCAAGAAGCUUAAAACCGUCAACUGAGACUAGCAGCAUGUGGCCUGUGCGGGUGAGGGGCUCUGCGCAUGCUGCACGCUGCAGCCUUGCCCCUCCCGGCCUUGGGGCGUGGGGAGAACUGCAGAGCCUGCAUGGGGUGCCGGUGGCCAUAGGCUGGCAGUGCCUGCAGCUUCUCCAUGGGGGCAGCUCUGAGGUUCAGGAAUGCAGCAACGUGGCCUCUGGCUCGUGCUCCGGGUCUCGCGGCAGCGCUGCCAACCUCCAGCUGCCUCUUCCCUCUCGAGCUUUUAUUUAUUUUUUGGUUUUAAACUGCAGCUGUGGCGCUAACAGCGCUAGUGGUGGCAGGAAGACGCUGGAGGUGAGGUCUGCGCCCGGGGGCCGUGGAGUCUCCAGAGCAGGCCGGGACCAUUCCUGCGGCCUGUAACAGUGGCAAGAAGGGCCUGGGCCCGGCUGGCCGAUUGAGGCAGUUCCACAAUAAAAUGGACCCGAGUCACUGG